AACUGUUUCUAACAACCCAUCCCCUCUCUUUCUUAACUAUCUCACUCUCAAAUCAAAACAUGUUCCAGCAAAUCCCAACAGCUCUCUUCCUCUCUCCCCAAACCCUAACCCUAAUUUUGUCCAAUGACAAAACACACCAGCCACAUCCAGCCCCCCGCCAAUUUCUUAUCUUCAUCCCAUUUUACCCUCAGAAUUCUCCUCAAAUUACAACACCCACACUUUCCCUCAAAACCCCACAAGCAGCUCUGUCUCAGAGUCCUCUGUUCACAGCGCUCACAAUCCCCAAAUCCUUCUUCCUCUCAAACCCUAAACCUAAAUUCAAUUCUCCAUGCAAUACCCGAUUGGGCUGACAGUAUCAAAGAGAGGGGUAUGCAACAGAAAAGGUAUCUGUACAACCAUGAGAUGUGGGUACAGCAUAGAAGCUCUUCACGCCACAUCCGUCAUCUGUUGUCGAGUCUCAGUUCCCGGGUGAUUCUGUCGUUGAUUCCUCCUGUGAUUGUGUUUACUUCGGUGGCUGUGCUCAUUGCAAGUUACAAUACAGCGGUUUCAAUCCAUUGGUUGCCGGAGUUUUUCCCGGUGUUGAGGGCCUCAACCUUGCCUUACCAGUUGACGGCGCCGGCUUUGGCGCUUUUGUUGGUGUUCAGGACAGAGGCAUCGUAUUCGAGGUUUGAAGAAGGCAGGAAGGCAUGGACUAGGGUUAUCUCGGGCACAAGUGAUUUGGCUAGGCAAGUGAUUGCCAGUGUGGAAAAUUCGAAAGAUGCAGUGCUAAAGAAGGCCCUUUUGCAGUAUAUAAUGGCAUUUCCAGUUGCCCUCAAGUGCCAUGUGAUUUAUGGCUCAGAUAUCAAACGAGACCUCCAGCCUUUGCUUGAAGUUGAUGAUUUAGCAGUAGUUCUCAGUUCGAAGCAUCGCCCCCGCUGCAUUAUUGGGUUCAUCUCUCAGGGCCUCCAGUUACUAAAUUUGGACGAGUCAAAGAGAAAUAUGUUGGAGUCAAAAAUAUCUUGUCUCCAUGAAGGUAUUGGUGUUUGUGAGCAGCUUAUAAGCAUACCAAUUCCUCUCUCCUACACUCGCUUGACCUCAAGGUUUCUGGUACUCUGGCAUCUUACUCUUCCCAUUAUACUUUGGGACGAUUGCAAUUGGAUUGUGGUUCCUGCAACUUUUGUUAGUGCUGCUUCCUUGUUCUGCAUCGAAGAAGUGGGUGUUCUUAUUGAGGAGCCCUUUCCAAUGCUUGCACUUGAUGAACUGUGCAAGCUGGUUCGCAACAACAUUCAAGAAGCCAUUGAUUCCAAGGAACUGAUUCAAGCACAAUUUACUGCCAAACAAAAGAGUCGUGCUAAUGAGCACUCGCCAAAUGGUUGGCCCAACUCUUAGGUGGACAAGGAACCCAGGUUAAACGAUCUUCCCAAACCCACUCCGGGACAUGCCCCAUAUUUUUGUCAUAGCCUUCAAAGUAGAAAGUUGUGUACACCAUAGGUAAUCUGAAUAGUCUGUUUUUGUUGAUAGCCGAGAGCAUGUACAAAUUUGUAAAGGGGAAUUGAAAUACCCUCAAACGGUUAUCCAUUUAUGUAUGUAUAUACAGAUCUUGCUCUUGAGAAAAUGAACCAUUAGUGACUUCCAUUUUCGAAACAUUGUUUCCCUUAUUCAUCUAGGAAGUUUUUGAACAAUUGUUCAAU